AGUCCCGGGCGCCAGAGACGCCGCCGCAGCAUCCGUGUGGAGGGUGUCUCGGGGCCGCUUUCCUCGUCCACGCCUGUGGUCUUCCGCCCUCGGCCAGCGCGAUGGCGAAGCCGCUGACGGACAUGGAGAAGCGGAGGCAGAUCAGCGUGCGCGGCCUCGCGGGGCUGGGCGACGUGGCCGAGGUGCGGAAGAGCUUCAACCGGCACCUGCACUUCACGCUGGUCAAGGACCGCAACGUGGCCACGCCCCGCGACUACUUCUUCGCGCUGGCGCACACGGUGCGCGACCACCUGGUGGGCCGCUGGAUCCGCACGCAGCAGCACUACUACGAGCGCGACCCCAAGCGCAUUUAUUACCUGUCCCUGGAAUUCUACAUGGGCCGAACGCUGCAGAACACAAUGGUGAACCUGGGCCUGCAAAAUGCUUGUGAUGAAGCCAUUUAUCAGUUGGGGUUGGACAUGGAGGAGCUAGAGGAAAUAGAAGAGGAUGCUGGCCUUGGGAACGGGGGCCUGGGACGGCUGGCAGCCUGUUUCCUUGAUUCAAUGGCCACCCUGGGGCUGGCAGCAUAUGGCUACGGGAUCCGCUACGAAUUUGGGAUUUUUAACCAGAAGAUUGUCAAUGGCUGGCAGGUUGAAGAGGCUGAUGACUGGCUCCGCUACGGCAACCCCUGGGAGAAAGCCCGGCCCGAGUACAUGCUUCCCGUUCACUUCUACGGGAGAGUGGAGCACACCCCUGAUGGCGUGAAGUGGCUGGACACGCAGGUGGUGCUCGCCAUGCCCUACGACACCCCAGUACCCGGCUAUAAGAACAACACUGUCAACACCAUGAGGCUCUGGUCUGCCAAGGCGCCCAAUGACUUCAAGCUGCAGGAUUUCAACGUAGGGGACUACAUUGAGGCUGUCCUGGACAGGAACUUGGCUGAGAACAUAUCCAGGGUCCUGUAUCCCAAUGACAAUUUCUUCGAGGGGAAGGAACUCCGCCUGAAGCAGGAGUACUUCGUGGUAGCCGCUACCCUCCAGGACAUCAUUCGCCGCUUUAAGUCAUCUAGGUUUGGCUGCCGGGACCCAGUGAGAACCUGUUUCGAGACAUUUCCCGACAAGGUAGCCAUCCAGCUGAAUGAUACCCACCCUGCCCUCUCCAUUCCUGAGCUCAUGCGGAUCCUGGUAGAUGUGGAGAAGGUGGACUGGGACAAGGCCUGGGAAAUCACCAAGAAGACCUGUGCAUACACCAACCACACUGUGUUGCCUGAGGCCUUGGAGCGCUGGCCUGUGUCCAUGUUUGAGAAGCUGUUGCCAAGGCACCUGGACAUCAUCUAUGCCAUCAACCAGCGGCACCUGGAUCACAUAGCUGCCCUGUUUCCUGGGGAUGUAGACCGCCUGAGAAGGAUGUCUGUGAUCGAGGAAGGAGACUGCAAGCGAAUCAACAUGGCACACCUGUGUGUGAUUGGCUCCCACGCUGUGAAUGGUGUGGCCAGAAUCCACUCAGAGAUCGUGAAGCAAUCUGUCUUUAAGGAUUUUUAUGAGCUGGAGCCAGAGAAGUUCCAGAAUAAGACAAAUGGCAUCACACCUCGGCGGUGGCUGUUGCUGUGUAACCCUGGGUUGGCGGACAUCAUCGUGGAAAGAAUUGGAGAGGACUUCCUGACUGACCUGAGCCAACUGAAGAAGCUGCUGCCACUGGUCAGUGAUGAGGCACUCAUCAGGGAUGUGGCCAAGGCCAAGCAGGAAAACAAGCUGAAGUUCUCUGUCCACCUGGAGCAGGAGUACAAGGUGAAGAUCAACCCCUCAUCCAUGUUUGAUGUGCAUGUGAAGAGGAUCCAUGAGUACAAGCGGCAGUUGCUUAAUUGCCUGCAUAUCAUCACCCUGUACAACCGAAUAAAGAAGGACCCAACCAAGGCCUUUGUGCCCAGGACCGUUAUGAUAGGGGGAAAGGCAGCUCCCGGUUACCACAUGGCCAAGAUGAUCAUCAAGUUGGUCACAUCCAUUGGUGAUGUUGUCAAUCAUGAUCCCAUUGUGGGUGACAAACUCAAAGUGAUCUUCCUGGAGAACUACCGAGUGUCCUUGGCUGAGAAAGUGAUCCCAGCGGCUGACCUGUCACAACAGAUCUCCACUGCGGGCACUGAGGCCUCAGGCACCGGCAACAUGAAGUUCAUGCUCAAUGGGGCGCUCACCAUUGGCACCAUGGAUGGGGCCAACGUGGAGAUGGCUGAGGAAGCUGGGGUCGAAAACCUCUUCAUCUUUGGCAUGAGGGUGGAAGAUGUUGAGGCUCUGGACCAGAAAGGGUACAAUGCCAGAGAGUUCUAUGAACGCCUACCUGAGCUGAGACAGGCUGUGGACCAGAUUGGCAGUGGUUUUUUUUCUCCUAAGGAUCCAGACUGCUUCAAGGAUGUGGUCAACAUGCUAAUGUACCAUGACAGGUUCAAGGUGUUUGCAGACUAUGAAGCCUACAUGGAAUGCCAGGCCCAGGUGGACCAGCUGUACCGGAACCCCACAGAGUGGACCAAGAAGGUCAUCAGGAACAUUGCCUGCUCGGGCAAGUUCUCUAGUGACCGGACCAUCACGGAGUAUGCCCGGGACAUCUGGGGUGUGGAGCCCUCUGACCUGCAGAUCCCGCCCCCCAACCUCCCCAAGGACUAGGCACCCCACGUAGCAGGACCAGUGGGCAUCUGGCUUGAUUACUUCAGUUUCCAAACACCCUGCCAGCAGCUGGUGGGCUCUACUUUUCUUCAGUGCUGCCCUCCUGGUUUCCUAUAAAGGAAAUAAUGGAGUUUGCAGCAUCUGUGGUCUUGGAUGGCCCCAGAUGUGAACAGAGAUGGAGCCAGCUGCCACCCCCCCCAUGAAACUACACAUCUUGCCAUGAGUUUAGGUCUUUAGUUUUGAGCAUCUGGGUUCUCAGGUCUGGUCAGGUGGCCAUGGUGAAGCCUGAAGACCUGUGUUUGGAAGCCUGUGGGCCACUAGCCAUAGGGCCUCCUUGUCCCAGCUCUGCCUCCUGGUCCUGUUGGGAAGACUUGUACCCUUCAGACUUCAUCCCCACAGCUGCCUUUCUUCUGCCCCCUCUCUGGGAUUCUGCUCCUGGUAAAUGGGUCAAGGACCCAGGUGGGCCCAGCCCUUUGUAGCCAUCUUGGGAGCCAUAUAGGUGCUUGGGACCAUUAGGGAAGGACCCAUGUCCCACAUCUCAAGAGGCCUUAGUUAUGACAAAGCUGAUUGACUGAUGUAGGGUUUGGUUCUGCUUUUUCAAAGGAAAAAAGUAGCUGAAGCUUUCUCGUGUUUUAGCAAGUCUAACUUGUAUCUGGAGGUGUUCCUGGCAGGAUUACUGCCUGUCCUGCCCUAGUGUGGAUCUGAGCCCUCUACAAACCUCCUGUCCGUGUCCUGAGGUUCCAUAAAUGCAACAGUCUUGUGGGGGCAUCUGCACCAGUGAACCCAGAGGAGCCAUUUCUGCUAGGCUUUUACAGCAGCCUGGUCAGAAUGCAAGCUUGAGCCCAUCUCAGCCAUCCCUUUCCUCUGUGAGCUAUGAGUCAGGGUAGAACCUGCCUCAGUGCUGCCCAUUACCAUGGGUGAUAGUUGGAGAAAUCAUGUGGAUCUAUCUUUCUGGAGGCUUCCAUACCGUAUUGCAUGCUGGACCUGGGUGUGGGAUGAGGCUCUUCCCUCAUCCCAGGCCUGCGGUAGUAGCUUCCCACGAAAACUCACCAGAACCACUGUGGUAUUCUUUGGGGUGGGGACAAGUUCUGGGGCUGGUCAUCUGCCCUGUGGGGUGGCCCCAUGCAUGAGGCUGUGUUCCAUAAAGCCACUGUGUGUGACUGCCACUCUGCCACUUGCUAUUACUGCCUCAAAAGAAACAGAUUAAACUUUUAUGUCCAUGGUCA